GUGCAGUUCCGGGCUGUGCUCAAUGUGGGCGGAGUCAAACUCGUUUAACCCGAACCCUUCCGGUCUCUUUCAAGAUCACCCAAGUUGAGGUAAACGUUGAAGGCAUCAACGUCAGCGAAUCUUAAUCGAACCUAACCUACAUGGAUAAAAAUAUCAACCAUGGAAAAACAUUGCUCGGAUCUUGGACCUUGGAGAACUUUUGGUGUGGAUGAUCAGGAUCUACCAAAGCAAGGUUUCUCAAACAACUGUGGAGUGUUUGUUUUGAUGGAAAACAUGCAGCAAAUUAUGUGACGGUGGUGCAUUGUUCUGCAGAACUUUCCCAUGCCGUCUGAAGAAGAGAGGUUGAGAGAUUGGAAAAAGGUGGUGAAAACAAAACACAUUACAGGUAGGUGUCAUAUGAUGAGUGGUAUAGUCUUAAACCAAUGUUUAAUGUCUUAAACCCUCCCUCCAAUAUAUUUCAGGUUGAUGUAGAAGAUGUCCACCCCCCCAAGCAUGACACAUCAGCAUCCAGCUCUACAGGAUCAGAUGAUACUGAAAACAAAAUGCACGGACAACUGGGAGCUGUGAACUGGCUAUGUAGUCUACUGAAGCAGAUGUUAUUCUAAGGGGCACCCUAGAGGCAGCAAUGUGGUGUGAACUCAACAUAUAAAGGCAUUGUUUCCUUCCAUAGUGUAAUUGGGAUGGACAUGGAAGACCGCAUUACAACCCUUAAAGAACUACGGUUGUAUGAUGGCCAGGAUGAAGAGGAAAAUAUUCUCCUCAAGGAACAAUUCAUGUUACAGAGAGAUUAUGAGAUGUUCUAUGUGGAGGAAGUUGACAACAAGAAAAUGACUGUCUUUGCCUCUUGAAGAGCAGGAGUGAAGCCAUUUUUGAGGAGUGGUCAAACCUUGUUUUUGUCUGCUGUUUUAAAUGUGUUAUGUGGUUUCGUAAAGAUGACGUAGAAGUCACCCGAGUCUCUGAUCUCUUUACUGGAGCUGGUAUAACUUAAUGUACAAAGCACAUUCAGCUUGUCUAUAUGGUAUAGUCUGUCUCCAUUCUCAUGAGGAAAGUAAAUAGCAUCAGGAUAGGUAGUGUGUGUGUGUGUGUGUGUGUUCAAUGAAAUAAUAUAAUUACAAAGUUAUAACACUUAUCAAUGCAAUUUUAACAGUAUAUGACAUGCAUAACAAGUCUGUUCACUGCAAUUAUAUCAGUAGCUUGUCUCAAAUAUAGCAUGAAGCAAAAAGUGUUACAACACAUCUGCUGGUACCACAUGAAAUAAUAUUUCUUAAGAUCUUUAAAAAUGAAUUACGUUUGUAUUGAACGUGUGCCUUGUGCAAACGUGUGUGUUUGUAUUCAGUGUGACUGCCAAACUUCAGAUGGACAAAAAAAGGUGGGUGGGGUCAAACUUUUGACUCCGCCCUUAUGGAGCCGGGCCUCGAUUUGCACACUGCAGUCAGGGGUACUCGGAGAAAUAUGCUCAGCUCGUAUGCUGCGUUCACAACCAAGUGGGAGGUGGUAUUUACCACAAACGACUGGGAAAAUACACGAUGCGCAUCCAACUCGUCUAUCAUGUCACGUUCAAAACAACUGGGAACUCAAAUCUCUGACUUCCGACUUUAGUGAGUUCAAAACAACUAGGAACUCUGGGGGAAAAAUUAGCUCCGGCUGGGAGAGAUCAAUUUGAACGGUCACCCAACUCGGGGAAAUCGGGCCUCUUUCUAUAGCUUUCUGACGUGAACAUUGCUGACUUCCUGAUUUGACCUUGUAUUUUUCCUGAGUUCCCAGUUGUUUAGAAUGCGGCGUCAUCCUUCCGACUUCUCCCACAUGCUGACCUCAUGUCACCAACUAAGGAAAUUACCUCAAUAACAGCAUUUUCGGCAGUUAAAUGUAACAGCAAGACAUUCUAUAUACAUAAAAAAACCAAUCUAUUAAUAGGGUUUUUGAACACUACCAGUUGUUUACAAACAUAAUAGACAUACUUUUAGUUAAUGGUUGACACAGCUUGUUGGCCAUCAGCCAAUCGGCGUUUCUCAACGCGUUCAAAGCAUAUGAAUGUAUUUACGACUUCACCACUGGUAAUUACUACCUUUCCUUUUGGUUAUGAAUGCAGCAUUAUUGCCUUUGACACAUGCGCUUGGACCAUUUGUGUGAAAACACUGUAGUGCUUUUUUGUGGGCGCAACAUGGGCUGAUCCAAAAUACAGUACAUUUUGGCUCUGUUCGAUUACUUUGAAGAUGUAUCCAACCUUUCUUCCUCGAGGUUUACAUCUUCAUAUAUAAUGUAAAUCAAUGGUGCACACACUAAUCGGUUUGAAAGGUGAAAGGAAGGAUUCUACAUAUAUAUCUCGCAGGUCUGUGAUUGCUCCAAUUAAUGUAUGGUUUGCUCAAAAGGAAGGACAUUAAACGUUUUUCAUUGGAGCCUGCUGAAAGCUUCUUCACGCCUACUUUACAGAAACUCACCGUCUGCCUCUGAUUUGUGGUGAUCCAUGCAAGGUACACAAUGUCCACCUCUGAUCCAGUGGUUAGCGCUGCAGGUUCGGUGGUAUCGGACCCUCAACACUCUCAGAAACUUCUCAAGGCCCUUCGCUCAUUCUGGAUAGAACAAUGCUUCCAAGACGCAGUGUUAGUGCUGGAAGGGGAAAAGAUUCCAGUCCAGAAAAAUAUUUUGGCUGCGGCUAGUCCAUAUAUCAGAACAAAGCUGAACUACAACCCUCCAAAGGAAGAUGGAUCCAUGUAUACCAUUGAGCUCCAGGGAAUCUCUGUCACAAUCAUGAAGCAGAUAUUGGACUACAUCUUUAGUGGGGAGAUCAGUCUGAGCGAGGACACCAUUCAGGACAUGGUCCAGGCCGCUGACCUGCUGCUCUUGACAGACCUGAAGUCCCUGUGCUGCCAGUUCCUGGAGAGCUGCAUUGCUGCAGAGAACUGCAUUGGGAUCCGGCUUUUCUCUCUACAUUACUGCCUUCACCAUGUUCACCAUGCUGCCACAGACUUCCUUCAGACACAUUUCUGUGAUGUGGCCGUCACGGAGGAGUUUACGGAGUUACCUCCAGACCGGCUGUGCGAGAUCCUGUCGAUGGACAAGCUCAACGUGGGCAAUGAGAAACAUGUCCUGGAGGCUGUGAUGCGCUGGCUUGGCCAUGACCUGGAGGAACGGAGGGUGCACAUGAAAGAGGUGAUGUCAUCGGUGUGGAUCCAGGGGCUGGACCAGGGUUACCUGAGGGAGCAGAUGUUAGGAGAGCCCUUGAUGAGGGAGGUGAUCCGGGAGUACUGCAACGCUCCACUGGGGGGCGCAACACUGCAGGGCGAGGCUCUGUUAGCUGCCUUCAAACCUCGUGGCUACUCUGAGUGCAUUGUCACUGUAGGGGGGGAGGAGAGAGUAACGAGGAAGCCGUCAGCCAUGAUACGCUGCAUGUGUCCACUCUACGACCCAAACCGCCAGCUGUGGAUCGAGCUGGAACCAAUGAGCAUUGGGCGAAUAGGACAUGGGGUGCUGGCAGCAGAGGGCCAUCUCUUUGUGAUGGGUGGCAUGGAUGAAACCAAGACAGUCCUGAGCAGUGGAGAGAAAUAUGACCCAAACACAAACACUUGGACCCCCAUUCCUUCCAUGAAACAGGCGAGGUGGAACUUUGGUGUUGCUGAGCUGGAUGGGAUGAUCUAUGUGUUGGGAGGAGAGGAAGAGGACAUGGAGCUCCUGACUGUGGAGGUGUUCGACCCUCACUACAACACCUGGACUACCCAAACCAGCAUGACCAUGGUCCGCAAGGUUGGCUGCUAUGCCACCAUGAAAAAGAAGAUCUAUGCCAUGGGUGGUGGGUCAUAUGGAAAGCUGUACGACUCAGUAGAAUCUUAUGAUCCAAAGACCCAGCAGUGGACUGCAAUCUGCCCUUUGAAAGAGAGAAGGUUUGGCUCAGUGGCGUGUGGUGUGGGUCAGGAACUCUAUGUGUUUGGAGGCGUGAGGAGCCGUGACUCAGACAACCCAGAAUCCAGCACCAUGACCACCUGCAAGUCCGAGUUUUUUCAUGAUGAGAUGAAAAGAUGGAUAUACCUGGAUGACCAGAAUCUCUGUGUUCAGACCAGUUCCUCCUUUGUGUAUGGAGCUGUCCCCAUUGGAGUCAGCAUUUAUGUGGUGGGAGACCUAGACACUGGUACAACCUAUGACUAUGUGAGGGAAUUCCGUCGUAGCUCGGGGACGUGGCACCGCACCAAGCCCAUGCUGACAUCUGAUCUGUGCAAGACGGGCUGUGCAGCCCUGCGCAUCGCUAACUGCAAACUGUUCCGUCUGCAGCUGAAGCAGGGCCUGUUUAGACACAGGGUCCCAUCGUCAUAGAAAGCACCGAAAGGAGUGGCACUGUCUCCACAUCUUUUGGCAAUGGGCACAGCAAUGGGACAUAAGAAUGGAGUUUGAAGAGGGGACCCUCCAAUGGGGAUGUUUGGAGUAUUUAUCUGCAUAUUUUGCUGACUUUCUUAGGGUUCAUGAGGGUAUUAUUGUAUGUGCGAUCUUGCUUGAAGAGGGAUCACUUUUUAAACAUGGCCUUAUUUCAUUGCAAUUUAACAGUGGGAAUGAUUUGUAAAUACAUUUUACUGACAUUCCCCAUUUGCUUUUUAUGUUUACUACAUUUUUGCUGCUGCUUGGUGGAUUUUAGAGAAUGUAACACUAUUUUUAAGGGGUGAAAAGGAAGAAUUACAUUUUAGCAGACAUGCUUAUCCAGAGCCACUUACAGGAGCAAUUAGAUUAAAGUGCCUUGUUCAAGGGCACAUCUACAGAUUUUUCACCUAGUCGGCUCGGGAAUUUAAACCAGCGACCUUUCACUUAACCACUAGGCUCCCUGCCGCCAAGUAGUACUAUAAUUUGUAAUCACCUAGCCUGUCAUUUUUAAGGAAAAUCUAGACCCAUGUCUAACACUGUAUUUUUUUUGUUAUGAGUCAGUGAAUGUCAACUAGAGAUGCAUAACUAGAUUCACAAAAGGACAAAUGCUGUUUUUGGCCUAUGACAACAAGAGAUACACAAGGAGACUUAUAAAAUAACAUGUGGUUUUAGUUGUUCCCUUAGCUAAGGGACUUGUGGCCUAUAAAAUCAUUUUUACUCAAAAUCUUAACUUAAAAUAGACUUUCUAAAUAGACAGUUUAUAGUGCUUAAUGCCAAAAGCUGGAGCAUAGCACAUAUUUCAAUGGUUACUGGUGAUAUACUGUAUACACUGAGUGUAUAAAACAUUAGAAACACCUUCUCUUUCCACAAGACUGACCAGGUGAAAGCUAUGAUCCCUUAUUGAUGUCACCUUUAAAUCCACUUCAAUAAGUGUAGAUGAAGGGGGGAGACAGGUUAAAGAAGGAUUUUCAAGCUUUGAGACAAUUGAGACAUGGAUUGUGUAUGUGUGCCAUUCAGAGGGUGAAUGGACAAGACAAAGGAUUUAAGUGCUUUUGAACAGGGUAUGGCAGUAGGUGCCAGGCACACGGGUUGAGUGGGUUGAGAACUGCAACACUGCUGGGUUUUUCACACUCAACAGUUUCCAGCCUAUCAAGAAUGGUUGACCACCGAAAGGACAUCCAGCCAACUUGACACAACUGUGGGAAGCAUUGGCGUCAACAUGUGCCAGGGUCUCUGUGAAAUGCAUUCCACACCUUGUAGUUCAUGCCCUGACAAAUUGAGGAUGUUCUGAAGGCAAAAGGGGGUGCAACUCAAUAUUAGGUGUUCCUAAUGUUUUGUGCACUGUGUGUGUAUAUAUAAACGGUACUGUAUCCUAAGUGAAAUCUCUUCAUGACAUGAAUGUAAGGCUGAGUUAAGCAUUUUCCUGCAGUGCCAUUGGUUUCUCUUCAACCAAGCACUCCAGGAACAGCGUGGGUCAGAAAAAGAUGUAGAGUUACUAGUGUCGCUCUUAAAGUUGCUGCAUGGUCAAUCCAACAUCUGCAUUGGCCAUGCAGCAUUUACGGUGAUGAGGCCUCUGUAAAAGUACGGGCAACCAUACUUCUUGCGCUUCGCAGAGCUGUUGUCAAGUAAGUGUGUUUUUAUACAGGACCUCCCGCCCCCACCUACCAUCAACCAAUCAUGUAAAUGCGGAGCAACAGUUGAAGUCGGAAGUUUACAUGUUAGACAAAUACAUUUAAACUCAGUUUUUCACAAUUCCUGACAUUUAAUCCUAGUAAAAAGUAUGUCUUAGGUCAGUUAGGAUCACCACUUUAUUUUAAGAAUGUGAAAUGUCAAUAAUUGUAGAGAGAAUUCUUUCAGCUUUUAUUUCUUUCAUCAUAUUCCCAGUGGGUCAGAAGUUUCCAUACACUCAAUUCGUACUUGGUAGCAUUGCCUUUAAAUUGUUUAACUUGUUUAAAAUUGUUUCAGGUAGCAUUCCACAAGCUUCCCACAAUAAGUUGGGUGAAUCUUGGCCCAUUCCUCCUGACAUAGCUGGUGUAACUGAGUCAGGUUUGUAGGCCUCCUUGCUCGCACAUGCUUUUUCAGUUCUGCCCACAAAUGUUCUAUGGGAUUGAGGUCUGGUCCUAGUGAUGGCCACUCCAAUACCUUGACUUUGUUGUCCUUAAGCCACUUUGCCACAACUUUUGAAGUACGCUUGGGGUCAUUGUCCAUUUGGAAGACCCAUUUGCAACCAAGCUUUAACUUCCUGAUUGAUGUCUUGAUGUUGCUUCAAUAUAUCCAUAUCAUUUUCAUCCUCAUGAUGCCAUUUAUUUUGUGAAGUGCACCAGUCCUUCCUGCAGCAAAGCACCCCCACAACAUGAUGCAGCCACCCCCGUGCCUCACGGUUGGGAUGGUGUUCUUCGGGAUGCAAACCUCCCCCUUUUUCCUCCAAACAUAAGUUACAUUUUUGUUUCAACAGUUAUUUCUUUGGUCAUUUCUCCAAAAAGUCUGAUCUUUGUCCCCAUGUGCAGUUGCAAACCGUAGUCUGGCUUUUUUAUGGCUGUUUUUGAGCAGUGGCUUCUUCCUUGCUGGGCGGCCUUUCAGGUUAUGUCGAUUUAGGACUUGUUUUACUGUGGAUAUAGAUACUUUUGUACCUGUUUCCUCCAGCAUCUUCACAAGGUCCUUUGCUGUUGUUCUGGGAUUGAUUUGUACUUUUCGCACCAAAGUACAUUAAUUUCUAGGAGACAGAACACGUCUCCUUCCUGAGCGGUACGACGGCUGCGUGGUCCCAUGGUGUAUAUACUUGCAUACUAUUGUUUGUACAGUUGAACGUGGUACCUUCAGGCAUUUGGAAAUUUCUUCCAAGGAUGAACCAGACUUGUGGAGGUCUCCAAUUUUUUUUCUGAGGUCUUGGCUGAUUUCUAUUGAUUUUUCCAUGAUGUCAAGAAAAGGGGCACUGAGUUUGAAGGUAGGUCUCGAAAUACAUCCACAGGUGCACCUCCAAUUCACUCCAAUUAUGUCAAUUAGACUAUCAGAAGCUUCUAAAGCCAUGACAUAAUUUUCUGGAAUUUUCCAAGCUGUUUAAAUGCACAGUCAACUUGGUGUAUGUAUACUUCUGACCGACUGGAAUUGUGAUACAGUGAAUUAGAAUCUGUAAACAAUUGUUGGAAAAAUGACGUAAAAAUAGAUGUCCUAACCAACUUGCCAAAACUAUAUUUUGUUAACAAGAAAUUUGUGGAGUGGUUGAAAAACAAGUUUUAAUGACUCCAACCUAAGUGUAUGUAAACUUCCGACUUUAACUGCUUUUGGAGCCCUCUGCAUUGUUACAAAAUUUAGGAGGUCCAUGGCGAUGCGGUACAGAUCUCAAUUUGGCAUCUUUAUGCCUCCGGAGGCUCUGCAAUUGAGUCACACCCUCCAUUAGGGAGACUCGGACCACAUUUUCGGAUCAAGCAUAAAUUGGAUUUUAAGUUGCUGGGUGUAAUUGGCUGAUGACCUUUGAACUGGCUUUUCAGUCCGUGGACAAAUUUGGCAUCUGUUGACCCCAUUUGUUCUGUGUGAGUUACAGCUGUUGCUUUCCGUCUCAAUAGAAGGGCAACUCAUCACCUAUACACUACAGCACUCACAGACACAUACAGUUUUAGAGAAAAUGCAUUCACACACACAUACGUAAUGCCUUAUUAAUGCAGCCAACAGAGCUCAGGACACCUCUGAAAAGUACCAAGAACACAUAUUAUACUGUAUCAAAAGCUCCACUUAACACUGUUUACUUGCAGCAUGUUACAGUGUAUUGCUGAGAGAUACUCAACAUUCCAGUGUCCCUCACACAGUUUAAACACUAUCCACAUUCAGUGGUCGAAACAGUGCUUUCACAAAACAUUCACCCAUUGUGUAGCUAUCAAAACACUUUGAUGCACUUAAGCACUGUUCUUCGGGGAAGUCUGCAAUAGUAUCAUCAAGUGAUUGUUAACCAAAAUAGGGAUGUGGGAGAAACAUACAUUCAAAGCUAUAUGUAUUUUGUAUUCAAUUCUGUGGAGUAGCAAGGAAGGUGUCAUGGAAUGAGCUCAAUCAUGAGUGUCUUUUGGUUUAACAAAAUGGAUUAAACACGACUCUGUGUGGUCAA